AUGAGCUACUACCCUGUCGCCCGCUACCACUUCGACCUCAGCGGCACUGCCUUCGACGCCAUGGCCAAGGACGGUCGCAACGAAGAGCUCCGCCACGCCGGCAUCAUCGACAUGCAGUUCAAGAGGGUGUCGUGCCAGUACCCAGGGUUAUCGGUGACGUUCCACGUGGAGAAGAGGUCGAACCCUAACUACCUGGCGAUCCUGGUGGAGUAUGGGAACGGCGACGGUGACGUCGCGCAAGUGGACCUCAUGGACGGCGGCAAGGCGACGGGGGCCUGGAGGCCGAUGAGGGAGUCGUGGGGCUCCAUCUGGCGCAUGGACACGCGCCGCCCGCUGCGGGGGCCCUUCUCGUUGCGGGUUACCAACGGGUCCGGCAGGUCGCUAGUUGCCGACCAGGUCAUCCCCGCCGACUGGAAACCCGAAGCCGUGUACAGCUCCGACGUCCAGUUUGAUGAUUGA